GGCACGACGUCGGCGGCAAAGUGCGUUCAGGUUUCGUUCGCAAUGAUCGAGUACGAAGUGCUGAUUAUCGUGAAGAAAAGCAAAUAAUUCUCCAACAUACCAGACUCAGGUAAGAUUUGUGCUCAUGCGUGAUAUUAUGUACUAGAUGAAUGUCAGUAAAAUUGACCGGACAUCUUGUGCAAGUUGAGAUUUACUUGAUCGCAGGAGCAACGAUUGUCUACUCAAUUAUGGUGAUGAUGAUAGUACAACUGAGUCAUUCGGUACUUCUAUGGGCGUCGUCGUGCUUUUCUUUUUGAUCGUUCCCGGGUAUCCCCAGCUUUUCCGACGGCAGGACAGUACGACCGACUUUUGUUUGCAGAGAACGAAACAAGAUUCCGUUGCCACUUCCGCCAGCCGUGGCCAGUACGGCCAUGGUCAGUUGCAGGAUGAUCUGCGCGCAACUACAUCCGGAGGUACUCGUGGGGCCGAAGGUGCACAACAAGUUGGGGCAGACCAAAACCCCGCUGCUGCUGAAAUCCGC